UUAGUCGGAGAAGUGGGCCAGUCGACAUCUUCAACAUAGAAGGCGACUUAUAAUAAAAAAGUUAUUGAGUUUAAGUCAUUACUUUAAUUGCUUCGCUGAUACGGGCAUCUGAUUUUCGUCCAAGAGGGGAAGACAGGCGUUAAAUUUGGUUUUAUCCUGAAUUCACCAGUUUUCACCCAAGAUGUCUAGCCAGUAUCAGCGAAGUGUUCCUUUGGAGGUCAGGAGAGCGGAGGGGGAACGAGUUCGUGCCAAACAUCCGGAUAAAAUUCCGAUAAUUGUGGAGAGAGCUGCAAGAUCAAGAGCUCCAGAACUUGACAAAAAGAAAUACCUUGUUCCUUCAGACCUCACAGUCGGUCAGCUCUGUUUCCUAAUCAGACAGCGAGUGUCUAUGAGGCCAGAAGAAGCGCUCUUCUUUUUCGUCAAAAAUUCCCUCCCUCCAUCCAGUUCCCCCCUGUCUGCGGUGUAUGAGGAACACCAUGAGGAAGACCUGUUCCUGUAUAUGACGUACAGUAAUGAGAGCGUUUAUGGAGCCUGAGAGUGAGGACAGACGUACAGUGGAAACAGAGAACGAGAGAGAAAGAUGAUGCAUUAUUUUACAACUAUUUAUCCCAUGUUUAAAACAUUGUACCUAAAGGAAGCAUUGUUGAUAACGGGGUCUAAUGGGUGCUGUUUUUAUUUAUCAGUAUUUGGAGGAAACUCGAAUGUGUUACACUGAACAGAUUCUUGUCAGUAAAGUAUUUGGACAGAGAGACGAUAAAGAGAGGGAAAAAACAAAAAUAAAUUUUGGAGAAACAAAAAAGUUGUAGUAAGCAAGUAUAUAUUACAUCUUUCUCUCCCAGGAGCGCAUCAUUUGUAUUUAAUGCAAAUAGUGUUUUUUUUUUUUUUGUAAAGUAUUAUAAAUAACUUUUGUGCACAUAAUAAAAAAUCUUUCAAAU